AAGGUUGUUUGGGAACCGGCUCCAAGUUGCAUGGAAGAUCCAAAUGUGAAGAAGUUGGCUGAAAAGUAUUCCAAAACUCCAGCUCAGAUUUUGUUGCGUUAUGUUAUGGAUCGAAACAUCGCCGUAAUACCGAAGUCUGUGCACUCUGAACGGAUUGUUGAGAAUUUCAAGUUAUUCGAUUUCACACUGACUGCCGAGGACAUAAAGCUUCUUGAAUCAUCCAAGCACCGCCAGAGGCUUUUCCUUCAUGAUUAG